AUGUUUGUCCCAAACGCUGCACCGUACAUGGGUGUCCUUGAGCUGAACUGACAGACAGCAUGGCGAACAGUACAGUUACGGUGGAUAGUGACUACAUGAGACAUGCCGAAUAUACUCCGAAAUCAAGUGUCCGGAGUGAAGCGGACAUUGAUAAGCGAUUCGGAGGUACGUUGAUAGCUGUCGGCCUUGGUGUUGCUGCUGCCGGACUUGCAGGGCGCUACGCAUUCCAGCUGUGGAAGCCCUUAGGGCAGGUUCUCUCCGAGACGAUGAAGAAGAUGCCCACGUCGGCCUUCUCAGCGUAUUACAAGGGAGGCUUUGAGCAGAAGAUGACCAAACGGGAGGCCAGUCUCAUCCUGGGGAUCAGCCCGACCAGCACCAAGGGGAAGAUACGUGAGGCCCACCGGAGGAUCAUGGUCCUAAAUCAUCCGGAUAAAGGCGGCUCUCCUUAUGUCGCGGCGAAGAUCAACGAAGCGAAAGACCUGCUGGAUUCCUCCCGCCGCUGACCGCCCCCCACCCCCCUCCAUCUGCCCCAGCCAUUAUCCCCUGAUUUCAGUCACAUUGACUGAUGGGAGCCCCCUGCACUGACUGCAUCCAGCCACUAGGGGGAGACCGCUCAUGACUACAGAAGACUGCUGAUGGAAACUGGACGAUGUUUCUGCAAAUGCUUUUCACUGUCUGUAAUGUGUGUUUUCCUGCUUGUAUACAGUUGCCGUCCGUAACGUUUGGGACAAAGACCCAUAAUUUAUUUGCCUCUGCUCCGCAAUUUCAGAUUUGUAAUUUUUAAAAAAAAUACAAAAAUGACAUGUGGUUAGAGAGCACAGUCAGAUUUUAAUAAUUUUUACAUUUUGGUUUCACGAUGUAGAAAUUACAGCAGUAUGCAUUGUCCCUCCAUUUCACAGCACCAUAAUGUUUGGGACACAGCAAUGUUAUGUAAAUAGAAUAAAAAGUCUUAUUUAGUAUUUUGUUGCAUAUCCUGGGGGCUAUGUAUAAACACUGCUGUAACUUCUACACGGUGAAUCCAGAAUGCCCUUUUUUGCAAUCUGACAGCGAUUGUGAGAAACCCCUGUUUUGCUCAUGUAAACAUGCUUCAUAGUUAUUUAUGUUUGGUCAAUGAUUAAAGCCUGUUCUAAAAAGGAAUUUAUGAAAGUUUCAGAUAUUUCUUUUUUAUGCUGCGCCAACAAAUUGAGCAACGGGAACAUUGCUUUUGGGUUGUUCUUUCGUCAAUAAAGUGUCUUCUGGUCAAACA